AGACACAAUUUUCCGUUACAAUAUUUGUGAUCCCUUUGAAAAAAAAAAAAAAAAAUACCCAAAAUGCAUCUCGAAAUGAUCGCGGGCAAAAACUAUAGCAAGUGUCCUUUGAAAAAACGUCCAGUUCACUAUCAAUUCGAGGACGAUAAUGACAAUGACAUUGAUGUCGAUAGUAGUGAUUCACCACCACCGCCUGCGUCGUCGUCGUCCUUAAUCCUUACAAAGGACGAACCCGAAAAUCUAAGUGUUAAAAAAGAAAUCGACUGUUGCAGUGAUGAAUCGUCAUCAACAGUUGUCGAUAUUAUGUCCACUACAUCCUUGUGCAAGGAUAAUAACAAUAUGAAUACAAGUGUUUGUGUUAAAGAAGAAAAAUCUUCACCAGUGAUCGUGCCCACACCAACUUAUCCCAAUGGCUAUGGAAAUGGCCUACAGCCAUGGAAUUUCCAUGUCUCCCCAUACACCGCUGAAUUCUACAGGACAAUUAAUAAUCCUCAUUUAAAUCAUACGCAAAUAUCUCCUUUGAGAGGAGAAUUGCUGUCGCCAAGUUCACCAUCAGAAGCUGGCUCCUUGUCGCCACCACCACACUAUUUGAAUGGUCGUGCUAGUUCUGUGUCGCCUCCAAUGCGAUCGGAAAUCAUUCAUCGGCCAAUUGGUGUGCGACAUCUGCCACAUUCCCAGCUAACUCAUCGAUUUAUGCCAUAUCAGAUUCCAACUUCGCCAUACUCGCCAUUUGGAUUAAAUCUUGCUCAUGCUCCAAUCUCACCAGCUUAUAGUGACUCGUCGUACUUUUCAAUGAGAGCACUUACUCCAGAAUCAAAUUGUUCAUCCCUGCCAGAAGAUCUCUCAUUGAAACAAUUAUCCUCGCCAUCAGGAUCCACGUCGUCGUCGGUGUUGUUGUCACCAACAUCACCAGUGAUCUCGUCUGGAGUAUCAUCGGCCAGUUCUCAGCAUUCGCCAAGUGAAAUUAUUUCAGUAAAGAAGGAAAAAUCCUCGGCACCGCCAAGGUAUCAAUGUCCUGAUUGUAAUAAAUCCUACUCGACAUUCUCUGGGUUGACCAAACACCAGCAAUUCCAUUGUCCAGCAGCAGAAGGUAAUCAAAUUAAAAAAUCCUUCAGUUGCAAGGACUGUGACAAGACUUAUGUCUCUCUUGGUGCUUUGAAAAUGCACAUCCGCACCCACACUCUGCCAUGUAAGUGUUCUAUCUGUGGUAAAGCAUUUUCUCGACCAUGGUUGCUCCAAGGACAUAUCCGUACUCAUACUGGAGAAAAACCAUUCAGUUGCCAACAUUGCCAUCGGGCGUUCGCUGAUCGCUCUAACUUGCGAGCACAUCUUCAAACUCAUUCAGACGUUAAGAAAUACUCGUGCACAUCCUGCUCGAAGACUUUCUCUCGCAUGUCCUUGCUGACAAAACAUACCGAAGGAGGUUGCCCUGGAGGCAACAGCUGCUCCGGUACAUCAUCAUAUCUCGCAUCCUAUGGAGAACAUUAAUCGAAUUGUCGUAUUAAUAUCUCUCCUCCCAGCCAUAGAACAUAUAUUUUUGGAUUGAAUUCUGUUGAAAACCAAAAAUUAGUUCCUAAAAGCCUACAAAAUCCCACCCAGCAUCACAAAAAAAAGAAACAGAAGAGACAUCAAA